AUGGCAAAGCAGUUCCCCUACAUACUUCACGAGACCGACUUUGAGCCAGGUGGCAGCUGGAUACAACAAUUUAAGGGGAGGCACAAGAUCGUGUACAAGGCCAUCACGGGCGAGGCAGCAUCACUCGACAUGGAGGCAAAACGCCGUGGGAAGAGUCAUGCUGUCAAGGGAGACCCGUGCAAGGGUGGGAGGAACAGUAAGCUGCCCGUCUUCUGGUGCAGCAACAUGGACGGCAGCGACAAGUGUCUGGCUUUCGUGAUUGCCAAGUCAAACCCGCGCUGCAAGAAUCCCGGCGCAGUACCACCACAAUGGGAAAGCGUGGAUGAUGUGGGCACUGUUUCAAAAGUGGUUGAACGAGCACAUAGAGCGGCAAACAGGACGGUGGCACUUGCCCUAGACAAUUGCAGUGCACACCAUUCUAUGCCGGCGGACACGACAAGCGAGGGAGUGUUCUUCCUUCCGCCAAACACCACAGCAGGAUUGCAGCCCAUGGAUAUCGGCGUGAUCGUUAACUUCAAGUUGCUGUAUCGCCGCCGCGUCCUGGAGAGGUUUCUGCCGAAUGUGGGCAACGCCGCACAGGGUGGCCAGGAACCAGACCUGAAGAUAACACUGCUGAUGGCCGUGCAAUUUAUCUUCAGAGCAUGGUGUGGAGUCCGCGCCUCCAUGGCGCGCAAAACUGUUUCAGACGUGGAAAUGUCAGAGUGCCUCAGUGAUGAGGCGAUCGUUGCGCAUAUACAUGCUGCGGCCAGCGGUGAGAGUGACGACUCUGACGACACGGUCGAGCAGCCUACCCAGGUGCUGUCAUCGCAGGAGGCCCAACAGGUGACACAGUCCCUCCGGGACUUUGUUUUCGCGAAGGACCUCCCACUCAGCUACAUGGAGCACCUAGAUGCUCUUGAGAAAGAUGUGCGCCACAAGCUGACAGACUAUGGCUUUUCUGCAAACAAGUACAUACUAGUUGCACUACCUUAUUGCAUGCAAAUAAAAUUUUGA